AUGGCCGAUACAGCUGCAAAGCCCACCGCGAGCGAUGGCGCCUUCGAGAACCGCGAGGCCCAGACAUCGAACAGCUCCACGCGGACACUGACCCCAAGAAAGAGCGACGAAAGCCAGGAGAAGAACUCGAGGGAUAUUUCCGCGCCGGCCGAAAUUGCGAACGAGGAGCCAAAGGAAAAGCGGACGGUCCAGGCAUUGGCAAUAUCUCCAAAUGAGAGUCAGCUCGAUGUUUCGAAGCAGCCAGAGAUGGAUGAGAAGGCAGACCUCGAGGGGGCUGCACCGAUCGGGCCGCCUGCCGAGAUGGAUGAGGCCGAAGAGAACUUCAAGCCGAGGACUGUCACAUUCUGGCUUGUCAUCCUGUCCAAUUUUGUGGCCAUGUUCCUGGUCGCUCUGGACCGCACGAUCAUCGCAACAGCCAUUCCCCGCAUCACGGACGAGUUCCAGAGUCUGGGCGAUAUUGGAUGGUCAUUUCUUAGCAGCAUCCUGAUCUUCGAGAUCGGUUCCCUGAUUUGCGGUGUUGCGCCAAGCUCACCGGUACUCAUUGCGGGCAGGGCCAUUGCCGGCGUCGGAUCGGCUGGCAUCUUUACAGGAGCUAUGAUGGUCAUGAUUCCCAUGGUCCCGUUGCACAAGAGACCAAUGUUCCAAGGCAUAUUCGGCAUGGUGUUCGGCCUGGCCUCUGUGAUCGGUCCCUUGGUCGGGGGUGGAUUCACGGGCACUGUGACAUGGAGAUGGUGUUUCUACAUCAACCUACCCGUGGGCGGCGUGGCCUUCGUCUUCCUUUUCUUCAUGCUUAAAGCCCCUAAGCGGCAGCCGCAGGAGCCAGCGACGUUAUUCCAGCACUUCAAGCGCCUCGACCCCCUGGGCUCGUUGUUUUUUCUCCCGUCCAUUGUUUCCCUCCUUUUGGCGUUGGAGUGGGGUGGGUCGGAAUACGAGUGGAACGACGGCCGCAUCAUCGCGCUCUUCGUCAUCUUUGGUGUUGGCUUCAUUGCAUUUGCUACAGUCCAGGUCCUCAUGCCCCAAACAGCCACAGUUCCCGUCAGGAUUAUCAAGCAGAGGACGAUGCUGGCCGGUGCAUUCUUCAUGCUCUUCCUGGCUGGCUCCAUGAUGCUGGCCGUGUACUACCUGCCCAUCUGGUUCCAAGCGGUUCAGGGGGCCGAUCCCGUCGAUUCGGGAAUCUACACCAUACCGCUGGUGCUCAGCAUCGUUGUGUCUUCCAUCAUCUCGGGCGGUAUGACACAGAAGAUUGGGUACUAUGUGCCGUCCAUGAUCCUCUGCCCAUCCAUCAUGUCCGUCGGUCUAGGCUUGAUGAGCACUUUUCAGCCAGGCAUCAGCUCGGGCCAUUGGAUCGGGUACCAGUUCCUGACCGGCUUUGGUCUGGGCUUCGGCAUGCAGACCGUCGGGCUUGCAGUGCAGGCGGUGCUCCCUAAGGAAGAUGUGUCGACGGGCGUCUCGAUCAGCUUCUUUUCCCAGCAGCUUGGAGCGGCCGUCUUCGUUUCGGUUGGCCAGUCCAUUCUAAGUAACAUGCUGGUAUCUGAGCUGUCGGGCAUACCUGGCUUGCCAGCUCAGGCCAUCGUCAACACUGGUGCCACCAAAUUGCACAGCGCAGUCCCGGCUGAGUUCAUCGACGUCGUUGUCCGGGCAUACAACUACGCCUGCACGCGUAUCUUCCUCGCCGGCAUGGGGUUGUCCCUGGCGACUCUCGCCUGUGCGCUGUGCAUGGAGUGGAGGAACAUCAAGAAAAAUAAGAAACAGCGGCGGGCGAAGCAGCGUGCCAGUCAGCUGAGACCGGGAGAUAUGGGGGCGUAA